AUGGAUCUAAUGUCCGCAACGCAGAGAUACACCAAUACUCUGAAAUCCCUCUCCGCCAGCAACGAGAUGCUCGACACAAAGAUCAAGGAGCUGUGCUCCAACACCCUCCGUCUCAGGCUCGAUCUCAUGAAGUUCCAACACCACAUGAACGGGUUCAAUCGCGAAUUCCUCGUGACAUGGCAAGCGGACACGCUUACCCGGCUCAUCGAAGUGAUUUACGAAGGGCAUGGCUGGAGGUUGCCGGGCGGCGUUACCUCUCGGGACCAUGGAGUCGUCAACCGGGAAAGAAUGUCCAUGAUGUACGGAAUCGCGGCGAGAAAACUGAAGAAGGAGACGUUAAGGGCACUCGGACUGUACGAGCGAUACUAUGAGGCGCUGCAGAAAUAUGAUGAGAUCACACCAUUUCGAAGCGCAAAUCCGUUUCAAUCGGAAUGUAGCUUUGCUCGAUGGCUGGUAUCGAAGAAGGACACUCAGGCCGAGGUGUAUCGUUUCUGGGGGGGAUUGUUUCCGUUGUGCUAUGGUCGGACGGUGGAGGAGGCGUCUGAGAUAUUCUAG